GUAUUAUGAAAGUCCAGACCGGAAGUCCCGGGCUUGUGUUGGUGACGUUGGCUCGACGUUUGGCUCACCGUUUGACAGCUGGCCCAGAGAGGAGUAGUGCUGCCCAGCGGAGAGGACCGUUGAUGGACUACACUUCCCUCCUGAGGAUAUUUUACCGAAGCGGUUGAGAGCACCGGACCGAGCCCGAACCACAUCGCCCCGGUCCGGCCAUGGACGAGCAGGCGGGCCCCGGUGUCUUCUUCAACAACAACAGCAGCAACUCGGGUCCGGCCGGCGGUGGGAAUAUUAAAGCUCCGCAGCCUAGCGACGGUGGCGGCGGAGAGGCGGCCAGGGCUCAGUUCAGCAUCCCGGGGAUUUUACACUUUCUCCAGCACGAGUGGGCCCGCUUCGAGGUGGAGAGGGCGCAGUGGGAGGUCGAGAGGGCCGAGUUGCAGGCUCAGAUCGCUUUCCUGCAGGGGGAGCGGCGAGGUCAGGAGAACCUGAAGAAGGACCUGGUGAGACGGAUCAAGAUGCUGGAGUACGCCCUCAAACAGGAGAGGGCCAAAUACCAUAAGCUGAAGUAUGGAACAGAACUGAACCAAGGAGAGAUCAAACCCCCCAGUUAUGACUCAGAUGAGGGGAACGACAGUGAGGUUCCCAGUCCUCCAAACAGCAGCCAUCAGCUCAGCUGGAAACAAGGACGCCAGCUGCUCAGACAGUACCUGCAGGAGGUGGGAUACACAGACACCAUCCUGGAUGUGAAGUCUCAGCGGGUGAGAGCGCUGCUCGGUCUGACCGGAGACUCCGCAGAGAAACCUUCAGAGAAGAAAACCGAGCCAAUGGUGAACGGCACCGAACCGUCCUCGCUGAAGGACAGCGGCGUGGUCAGUAAACCCGACACGUCCGACUCGGCCACCGUGUUGGAGGCCUUCAAGUUCAUAGAGAGCGCCGCCGCAGAGUUCAGCGACGAGGAGGAGGAGGAGGACAGCGAAGGGAGGGACAAGACCAUCCUGGACCUGGCUGCAAUGGUGAAGAAAAAACAGUCAUCGACACCGUCUUCCACGACCUCUGACCUCAGUGACGACCCCGACACAGAGGAGGCCCUGAAGGGUUUUGAUUUCCUGGCCAGUCCAGACGAGCUGGACGGAUCACCUGAGUCCAGGAGCGGCGAGGACAGCGGAGAGUGGGAGAAGGAAGAGCAGUCUCCUCUGGGUGAACUGGCCUGGGACGUGGACCAGGGACUGAUAGCCCAGCUCAAGGAGCAGUACAGGAAGGAACGCAAGGGCAAGAAGGGGGUGAAGAGACCAAACCGCUCUAAGCUGCAGGACAUGCUGGCUAACCUGCGGGAUGCUGAGGAGCUUCCCUCCAUGCAGCCUCCUGUGACGCCCCCCUCCCGGCCCAGUGUACCCAGACUCAGUGAGCAUGAAGUGGGACGUCCAGAUGAAGAGGCGAUGACGUUCUUGCCGUCGUCGGGGAAGUCGUUCAUCCUGGGCCGAGUGGAUGAGGCGGUUUCUAACGAGCUCGGACUGGGAGAACUGGCCGGACUGACCGUCGCCAACGAGGCCGACAGCCUGGCGUAUGAUAUCACCAACAACAAAGACGCUCUGAGGAAGACCUGGAACCCCAAGUUCACCCUGCGGAGCCACUUCGACUCAGUCCGGAGUCUGGCCUUCCACCCGGUGGAGCCGGUCCUGGUCACGGCCUCCGAGGACCACACCCUCAAACUGUGGAACCUCCAGAAGACGGCGCCCGCCAAGAAAUGUGCUGCUUUAGAUGUUGAACCCAUCUACACCUUCAGAGCCCACAGCGGCGCUGUGCUGUGCGUCACCAUGAGCUCCAGUGGCGAGCAGUGCUUCAGCGGGGGCGUGGACGGAACCAUUCAGAGCUGGAACACCCCCAACCCCAACAUCGACCCCUACGACUCAUAUGAGCCCUCGGUCCUGCGGGGGGCGCUGUGUGGUCACACAGACUCGGUGUGGGGCGUGGUCUACAGCUCGGCACAUCACCGCCUCCUCUCCUGCUCGGCCGACGGGACAGUCCGGCUGUGGAACGCCGCCGACACCUCGCCGUCUCUCGCCGUUUUCAACGAGAGAGGAGAGCUCGGGGUGCCGACCUCAGUGGACCUGGUGAGCAGCGAGCCGGCUCACAUGGUGACGUCGUUCACCACCGGACACAUCGGACUCUUCAACAUGGAGACGCAGCAGCUCGUCCUGAAGCUGGACUCUGCCGGACCACCAGAGGCUCCCUGCAAGAUCAACAGAGUGCUGAGUCACCCCACACUGCCAAUCACCAUCACCGCUCAGGAGGACCGCCACAUCCAGUUCUUCGACAAUAACACAGGGAAACUGAUCCACUCCAUGGUGGCUCACCUGGACUCUGUCACCUGUCUGGCUGUGGAUCCAAACGGACUGUACCUCAUGUCUGGAAGUCACGACUGCUCCAUCCGUCUGUGGAACAUGGAGAGUAAGACGUGUAUCCAGGAGUUCACCGCCCACAGGAAGAAGUCUGAGGAGUCGAUCCACGACGUGGCGUUCCACCCUACCAAGUGCUACAUUGGCAGCGCCGGGGCUGAUGCGCUCGCCAAGGUCUUCGUAUGACCUGAGCCUGACGGACGAGAGGAGAGGAGGAGGAGGAGGAGGGUGGAAUUUGGAGGAGGGUGUGUCCACAGACUGCUCCUGUUAAGAUUCGUCACGUAUUGGUCCCCGCCCGCCUCCUGGACUCAGGCUGGCCUGGGUCCUGAAACAAACCAACCUCUGGAUGAGACGAUGAAUGAAAACAGGAAGCCUCGGUACAUUUUACAAACGCUGGAAUCUUUUCUUUCUCUUUUCUCCGUCACAGGUGAAGAUACAAGCUCCGCCUCUGUCUCCGUCACUAACCCCAGACACUCGCUCUGAGGUGUUCGUCAUGAUAACGUGCCUUUUUUCUUCAGAACACAGAUUCUUUGAGGUGUGUAGAGGACGUGGGAGGAGCUAUGGGGGUGUGGGAGGAGCUAAAAGGCAGUGGGAGGAGCUGAGAGGACGGUGGACUGACGGACCUGCUGCUGGAUUUCUGCUUUAAAUGAAUCUGGUUGAGUUUUAUUUUUGAAGUUGUGCCUGGAGACGACGACUUCUGUUUCACCCUGUAAAAGCCCCCACAGGAGGUGAGAGGUUAAAGGUCACGACCCUGAGUGGACAGUCGAAACAUGAGGUCAGCGGCAGGUCAGAUCACAAACACCUGAGGAGUUUCAUUUCAAAAUAAGAGCCUUCUGAAGGCAGUGACUACUGCUGGUCUGAAACCAGCUGUAGAACCUGUAGUCAGAGCAACCACAAUAUAAACACACUGUUGUCAUGGCGAUGUGUCCGAGCAGCACUGUGCAAACAUUUGAGUCACUUUAGAUGUUCACUCUUCAUCAUCAUCAUCAUUAUCAUCAUCACCUGGUCCCCAGAGUCACCUGGUCCCCACAGAGACCUGGUCCCAGCAUCAUGGAGUCAGUCUGGACCACAUGAAGAGACAGAGACAGGUUCUCUGGUUCAGUGGUUCCCAAAGUUUCCAGCCCAUUUCCCACUUUCAUGACGCCAACCCAGGAACAAUAUGGAGGCUCUCUCUUUCCUUGUUUCCUUCUCUCUCUCUCCCCCCUUGUUUCCUUCUCUCUCUCUCUCUCCUUGUUUCCUUCUCUCUCUCUCUUUCCUUGUUUCCUUCUCUCUCUCUCUCCCCUUGUUUCCUUCUCUCUCUCUCUCUCCUUGUUUCCUUCUCUCUCUCUCUCCCCUUGUUUCCUUCUCUCUCUCUCUCUCCUUGUUUCCUUCUCUCUCUCCCUAUCCUACUAUUAGACAAAUGAUUUGCCGGCCCACUUGCAGUAGCUCUGCGACCCCCCACUGGGCCCCGGCCCUUACAUUGGAAACCCCUGCUCCGGUGCUUUAAACCUUUGUACAGUGCCGUCUCACAUGUAACUGCAGCGACGUGACAGAGCAGGAUGAUAUGAAACCUGAUGGUGAAACACACACACACACACACUGUCGUCAUGUUUUUGACUCGUUAUCGCCCCCUGCUGUCAGUCGGUCAUAAACCUCCUGCUCCUCCGUUCUGCUAACGGUCAUUAUCUAAUGACUUGGGACCCAACAGAACUCUGUAGGGAUCCUGAUCAGGUUCUUGGCCCCCGAUCUCAAUCCAGGUCCGACAUAUGUGGUCUGAUCCAGUACUUACAUUCACACUGAAGCGACAGCCUGAAGGUGAGAUCAUUCCUCCUGAAACACACAGCAGCCGAGGAUUCAGGUGAUGAUUGAAUAUAUAUUAAAAUAAAACCUUGUUUCUCUCGAGCUUGAGCUGAGCUGUGCAGGAAGUGACGACUUUACCAGCGUAGAAGAAGAGAAACCUGUGCCAGGUGAGGUUCAGGUCCCUAAACACACAGACACAGGUGUUAGGAAGUAGAAGAAGAACCCGACAGAGGGGUUGAUGCCUGUGGGAUCGUUUUGAAAUGAAACCCGUCAGUGUGUUUGGAGACUGUGACACACUGAGCCGAGCCUCCACCUGGACACACAGGUGGAGCGUCUGUCCACAGUCACAUGUCUCCUGAAAACGGCUGAAACCAACCUGAAAUAUUCCAGGGUUGAACUUUUGGGCUGUUUCAGUUUUUUUGUGAAACAUUCUGGUUUGAGUUUCUUCAGAUUCACUUGUUCUAUUUGUUGUGACGAGGCUCGAUUUAAAAACCUGCUGCUUUUUUUUCUUGUGUAUUUAUUGUUAUAAAAUUCUGACAAACUGCAGCAGGAAAAAAAAAAGCUGCAGUGAAGCUUUUCUCAUUUAUUUCUUCUGCUUUAAUCACGUCACGUAUUUAUUACGAUGUUAAAACGCCAAAUUAAAGACGAACGGUUCAACUGAGACGAGCAGAUGCUUCCUGCUAAACCUGACAGGUGUUGUUGCUAAUGCUAAUUAGCUCAUUUUGUUUUAAAAUAACAAUAAUAACUAAACUCUAAGACUUUAAGUGACACGUUAGUUCAAACUGCUCACAAGCUCUCCUCCAGAUUUGUACAUGCUUUAUACGCUGACUGCCUGAAAAUAUUGUAUUUUGUGUAAUUAUCAUUAAUAUAAUUAUUAUUAUUAUUUGGAGCAAUGACUAGUUUUUUAAACGACUCUUUGUGUUUGGUGACAGACUUGUAAGAUACAGGUAGAUUUUUUUUUAAAGACGUUUUUUUUUCCGUUAAACUUGAAAAGUGAUUUUUUUUCUGCUGGUGUUAGUAAACGUACGAUACGUGACUCCGCCUCUCAGAGCGGCAACACUUUGAUUUCUGCUUUUUACCAAAUGAUCAUCUCCAAAAAUGCAGCUAUUCUCCUGGAAACAAGUCUGCUUUUCUUUUAGCCUCAGUUUUAUACGACGGAGGAUCAGGGCCACACUGAAAGAAAAAAAUCAGAAAUAACGAGAAUAAAGUUGCAAUAUUUGAAGAAAAAAAGUCGUUAUGAGAAUAUAUAUAUAUUAUAAAAAGACUUAAUUCUUGUGACAUUACGACUUUAUUCUUGUAACAUUACGACUUUAUUUUCUCGGAACAUUACGACUUUAUUUUCUCGGAACAUUACAACUUUAUUUUCUCGGAACAUUACGACUUUAUUUUCUCGGAACAUUACGACUUUAUUUUCUCGGAACAUUACGACUUUAUUCUUGUAACAUUACGACUUUAUUUUCUCGGAACAUUACAACUUUAUUUUCUCGUAACAUUACGACUUUAUUUUCUCGGAACAUUACGACUUUAUUUUCUCGGAACAUUACAACUUUAUUUUCUCGUAACAUUACGACUUUAUUUUCUCGGAACAUUACGACUUUAUUCUUGUAACAUUACGACUUUAUUUUCUCGGAACAUUACGACUUUGUUCUCGAAACAUUACAACUUUAUUUUCUCGGAACAUUACGACUUUGUUCUGGAAACAUUACAACUUUAUUUUCUCGGAACAUUAAGACUUAAUUUUCUCGGAACAUUACGACUUUAUUUUCUCGGAACAUUACGACUUUAUUCUUGUAACAUUACGACUUUAUUUUCUCUGAACAUUACGACUUUAUUUUCUCGGAACAUUAUGACUUUAUUCUUGUAACAUUACGACUUUGUUCUUGUAACAUUACAACUUUAUUUUCUCGGAACAUUACGACUUUAUUUUCUCGAAACAUUACGACUUUAUUCUUGUAACAUUACGACUUUAUUUUCUCGGAACAUUACGACUUUAUUUUCUCUGAACAUUACGACUUUAUUCUUGUAACAUUACGACUUUAUUUUCUCGGAACAUUACGACUUUAUUUUCUCUGAACAUUACGACUUUAUUUUCUCGAAACAUUACGACUUUAUUCUUGUAACAUUACGACUUUAUUUUCUCGGAACAUUACGACUUUAUUUUCUCGGAACAUUACGACUUUGUUCUUGAAAUUUCAGAUUUCUUUUUUUCCUCAGCGCGGCACUAACACUCCGUCGUAGUUUAAUCUGUGUAAAAAGGCUCAACAGAAACGGGAUUUGUAGUUUUUAGAUUUUCAAGUAGAUCUAUUUAUUAAUGUGGUGUAAAGGGAAAUUUAAAUCGUUGCUGAGCCGAAAGAUCAAACAUGAUUUGUGUGAUGAGUAAAUACACAGAGUCGGUGGCUGCGGUUUAAAUUCAGCGUUCUUAUAAAAUUCUGUAAGAAAUGAAUGUAGUCUGUUUGUUUGUUCUGACACUUUAAAUGAAGCGUUCACUUUGAUUCCCAACAGGAAACAGCUGGACACCACUGGCUCAGUCAUGUGAAACGUCUGAAUAACAGUGAACAGCUAAACGUCGGCUUUAGUCACUAAUAACAGCAACAUGACCGAUCAUCAGCAGCAGGAUCAAACGUUCCUACAGGUUUAUACUGAAGUCUAAAAUGUCUCUUUAACACUAACAGGCCAAAGUUUUCAGACGUGUCCAGUCAGAUUUUAAACAGCUUCCCUGUGCGUGGGUGAAGCUGGAGCCGCCUCCUCCCUGUACAAAACUGGAUCAGUCACUCAGCUUGUUUGACGUUCCAACGCCUCCUCUGCAAUUACCCAUAACACACUGCUCUGAGCACAUUCACUUUUAACAUUUUCAUGCGUCUUUGCAGAACCUUUCAUUCCAGAACGGAGACACAUAAGCAUUUUCAGUCUUUAAGCUCCUUGUUCCUCCUGUAGAAAACAAGCGCUCCCUCCAGCUGCUACAGUCUGUGAAAUUAACCUGAAGUGAAACAAACUCAUAUUCAACAAGCAAAAACAGCAUCUGUAUAUUUACAUGACACAGAUCAAAAGUACAGGAGAGUUUUUAUACAGAAGAGGAUCAGGGCCACGUGUCUUUUGUUUUUUUUUAGGGUUCUAACUUUAAUCUUCUUGACUUUAAACGUCUUCAGCUUGUGUUUGCUAAUUAGCGUUUAUAGAAGGGGUGUUUGCUUAAAAACAUCAUUUGGAUGAAUUAAACUUAAAAACCAGACUCCAUCAACAUUUAGUUUAACGAUCGCAGCAACAGAAUCUGGAUUCAUUUAAUCCAACUCCUUCAACCUAAACGACCGUAUAGAUCGUAUUUUUCAAGCCUCUGAUUCGACCCAGUGUCUGCGCCCGACCGCGCCAUGCGUACCGGACCUUGGUUGCCAUUGUUACAAUAAUAAACACACGGACUGUAAGGAGAACGGUUACGACCUUCGUCGCCAUGGUUACUAUAAUAACGAUCAUGGCUUGUUUAGGUUUAGGAAAAUAUGGUGAUUUGGGUUAAAGAAGUAGCGCACUUCCUCAAUAUUAAUCGAUCUUUGUUGUCAUGGUUACAAAAAUAACCGCCAUAACACGCUCUCCUCUGUCAUAUUCCUGUGUUUUGUUGACUUUGUCUCUCUUUAUACUACAUCACCGACACUUUUCCCUUUGCUUCUGUCAUCAUUACUACGACGACUAGAGGUCGCCUAGCAACAAAACCUAACUAUGAUGUCAUAACAACCUGCUGCACAGACGACCUGUGGGCCUGGUUUGUCUUCACAGGAGGACAGUCUCAUUUAAUGUCAUUUACCAUUUUACACUUUGAUUAUAAAGCAGUAUACAGACGUUGGGCGUCACCUUCACCACAUGGACAGUAACACUAGCCGGGAGUGACGUAGGCAGCUGAACCGUCACUCAAACUAUGUUCACAUUUAUAUUCUGUCGUCUUCAGUGGCCAAAAGCAGAAGCUGAACCUUCAAACUGAAACCUGUAAAUUAUUAUUGUCUUUUGACGUGUACAGUGAAAUGUUAAAAAGAGAUUAUAGAAGCUAAUCAGGCUGUACAUAAAGUACACACAGUACAUGAAGUACACACAGUACAUGAAGUACACACAGGUGUUUUCCUUUUUUCAUGUUCUUUUUAUUUUGAAAUGGGAGAGUGACAGAUUUAUCAGUAACAAUAAAAGAAUAUGUUGUAUAUCA